GUCCCCACGAGAGUCAAUGUCGACAAUGAACACGAGCUUUGCCUCAUUCGUUUUCCAGCUCCCAAAAACGGGAAGACGAGUUCGAUUACCCAGGUAGAAGGAAAAUGUGUUCUAUUUAUGUGAAGCAGUCUACUGAAAUUCUCUCUUUGGGAAACUUUCAGGCCAUGUUCAUAACUCACCUGAUAUUAACGGUCAACUGUCAAAAUCUACAAGUUCUGAAAAACCGUUUCUUCGUAUUUCCCGCCGAUGCCUUUUCUGCAACCCGCAGCGUUGCAUCUAUUUUCACGGUGCAAAGUUGCUUCCUGUUCUUGCUUCAGGGGACUCUUCUGCCGCCUCCGCUCCUUAACCGUUUCCACCGUCUCAUCUUCAAAGAGUUCCAAGCAUCUCUAUUUUGGAUCACCUCCCAACAAAACUAUAUGCCCAUAUAACUACUUUAUUAGAUUUUUCGCUGAGAAUCGGAGAUAUUUGCAGUCCCUUUUGCUCUUCAAGAAAGUUCUUUCCCCAUUGUUUUUAAAACCUGAGAUUUUUGUGUUCCCUUCACUUUUGAAGUCAUGUGUUUGUCUCCCACAUCCGAAUGCUGGGUUUAUAUUACAUGGGUAUAUUUUAAAAUUUGGUUUUGGGGAUUGGAUUGGCGCCAGAGAGAGCCUAAUGCUAAUGUAUGUGAAAUUCAGGCAAACCCGAGAUGCUUAUCAGGUGUUUGAAGAAAUGCCAACGAAAACUGCGGAUUUGUGUAAUUAUUUGCUUUGUACUUUUGGUUCUAAUGGGUUUUAUGAGGGGGUUGUGCUGGUUUUUGAGCAGAUGCUAGAAUUUUGUUUUUUACCACAUCUAGAUUCCAUUUCUCAUGCAAUCGUAGCCUGUGGUGAAUUGAGAAGUAUGGAUAAAGGGGUGUUUGUUCAUGAUUUUGUUAUUCAAAAUGGACUUUCUGCACACAUUCACAUUGCAAAUUUGUUAAUUGCAAUGUAUGUUAAGCUGGGCAGAUUGGAUUUUGGACAACAGGUUUUCAAUUGUAUGCAUGAUAGAGAUAUUGUAUCUUGGAAUUCAUUGAUUACUGGGUAUGCUCAUAGUGGGAAUUGGGCUAAAGCAUUUGACAUUUUCUUGCGCCUGAAAAAAGUAGGAACAUUUUUUCCGAACCGAAUUACCUUUUUAGGUUUGGUUUUAGCUUGUGGCCAAGCUGGAAGUCUUGAUCUAGGAAAGAGUCUUCAUGGCCAUUUGAUUUGCUCAGGACUGCUUUUUGACUUCCGUCUAGGGACUGCUGUUGUUGAUAUGUAUGCAAAGUGUGGUAGAGUUGAUUAUGCCUGUACUAUAUUUGAAGAUGAUUUUUUAGAAAAGAGUUUGGUUACAUGGAAUUCCUUAAUUGCAGGGUACUCACAAAAUGGGUAUGAUCAUGAAGCAGCAUUGCUCUUUGAAGAAAUGAUUGUCGAGUCAAAUCCAAAACCUGAUUCAGUCACAUUAGCAAAUGUGGUUCCUGCUUAUGCAAGCUUAGCAAAUAUAGGAAGAAUUCAGUCAAUCCAUGCACUUAUUGUAAAGAAGGGGAUUGACUUGGAUGGAGAUGUUGUUCUUGGUACAGCACUGGUAGAUGCAUAUGGGAAGUGUUCUGAUAUAAAGGCGGCCAAAUCCUUGUUCGCUUGCAUUCGUAAACCCAAUACAGCUACAUGGAAUGCAAUGAUUUCAGGCUAUAAUCUGAAUCAUCAUGCUGAAAGGGGAAUGGUACUUUUCAUCAAAAUGCUUCGAAACCAUGUGUUGCCUGAUGCAAUCACUAUGGUAAUGUUCUUUCAAUCAUGCGGUGAACUGAGAUUGCUGAAGCAAGGAAAUAUGGCUCAUGGCUAUUGCAUUUUGAAAGGAUUUUCUUUACAUCUUACUGUGGCAAAUGCUAUGUUGGACAUGUAUAUAAGAUGUGGAUGUGUUGAAAGUUCAGAACGCCUUUUCAGUUCAAUGUGGCUUAAGAAUGUUGUCACAUGGAAUACAAUGCUCUCAGGGUACGUCAAAAUUGGUAAAUCUGCCAUGGCCAUGAGCAUUUUCUGCCAAAUGCAAUUAGAAAACAUUCAUAAACCAGAUCCAGUCACCAUGAUCUCCUUUGUUCAGGCCUCCACAGUUGUUUUCGCCAGUCAUGGUGUUGAAAUUGCACAAGGGUAUAUUGUGAAACUUGGGUUUGAAUCUGAAACUCUAGUUAUGAAUUCUUUAAUUGAUGCUUAUGCAAAGAAUGGCCUUAUAGAAAAUGCAAGAACCUUGUUUAUGCAGAUGGGUCAAUUGAGAGAUCAAAGCUCCUGGAAUGUGAUGAUUUCUGGAUGUGGAAUCAAUGGUCUAGGUAGAGAGGCAUGCGGACUUCUCUAUCAGAUGGAAGAAGGUGGCUUCAAACCUAAUUCCAUCACGUUCACCUCUUUACUCUCUUCUUGUAGUCAUUCUGGCAUGGUUGAUGAAGGUUCUGAGUACUUUCAUAUGAUGGUGACGAAGUACAAUCUCCCACCAAGUUUGGAGCAUUGGACUUGCAUUAUAGACAUGUUUGGUCGGGCAGGGAGAUUGGAAGAAGCUUAUCAAUUAAUCAACAGUGUGCACCAUCAGAAUUUUGGUUGUGGUGCUAUAUUGGAUUGUGAUGCUGUUUGGGGAGCUCUUUUAAGUGCAUGUAGGACAAACAUAAAUGUGGAACUUGGUGAGCUUGCAGGAGAGAAAUUAUUGAAAUUGGCACCGAGUAAUUGUGGUUACCACAUGUUAUUGUCAAAUUUAUAUUCUUCUAGUGAGAGAUGGAGUGAAGCAGCAAGGGUGAGGGGAGUGUUUGAAGAGGGUUGGUUGACGAAGAAACCAGGUUUGAGCAUGUUGUAAAGGUGACGGAUUAAUCACUCACAAAAUUGGGUAGACAGAAGUCAAUCUGUUCAAAUAGACAUAAUGACCUGGUCAAUGAGGGUUGAUGGAAGUCAUCUGUUCAAAUAGACAUGAUGACCUAGUCAAUGUACAGAAACUCUCAUGGUUUCUUCAUACGUCUCUUCAUUUAUUCAGUUUACCACUCCAAACUAGUUCAAUAGAUCAAGUGAUCUUUCGUUAACUAACAAUAAUCACCCUUUCAUGUUUGAAGCUGGAGGUAAAUUGAACAUCUGGGUCAUCAGAACUUGUCAUUCAGUGGGUUGAAUCAGAGGUUUAAAAAAUGGAGGAAAAAAACAGUGUGGAGAAUAUAGUAAAAUAUUUAAAUAACAGGGAAGUUUCCUUUCCUAGAAAAUAAGUGAUAAAAGUGAGAACACAAAGGCAAAAAAAAAAAAAUGCUGUGCUCUCCUUUCCACUUCAUUUCAUGCUUACCCAGUGACCUGCCUCUUUCACUCAUUUAUCUUCCAUGUUUGUCAAAGUUCACAGAUCUACACAGAUUCCACCUUUUGAUCAGUGGUGGCAAUUCCAAGGGCUUGAGCAUGGAGCUUCUCUUAAUUUACAUACAUUCCAUACUCACCUUUCUUCCCAAGUCCUUUCCAAGUACCUUGACCAUAGCUCUCUUCUCUCUCUCUCUCUAGUGCGCGGAGAAAGAGUUUAAAGUGUAUGUGUUGAGAGAGAUAUCUUUCAUUCCAUGAAAAUAUCUCCCCGCUGUAUGGAAGAACACACCAACAAAGGACCAUGCUCCAAAGGGAAGAGAACUGCCUCUCCGACUACACCAAAGCUCAUGUUAAAGGUUGUUGGAGAUAUCUUCUGAAAGCUGCUGGCAUUGCUUAGAAGCAAGUUAUUUAUUAUAUAUUAAGCAAACAUGCCUGGCCAUUCUCCCUGAGUGUUACGAUUCUGGAAGGUGGCUUAUGCAGAGAGGUGGGGGAGGAGAUGGAAUAUCAUAGGAAGCGAAUUGAUGGACUUUUACAUAGGGACUCUGCUCUUAUACACCUCCAUUGCUGCCUCAAGUGUGCUUUCAUAUCUGUUUCCAUUGAAGUCUGUUAACAAGUGGAGCUGGUUGUGGAUGAAGAAGGUUUGGCUUACCUUGGAGAUAUUGGACAACGUACAUAAUUAAGAUCUUGUUUUCUUUUAGAAUUUGUGUUUGUAUACAACUGUAUUCUUUGGCAUACACACUUGCAAUAUCUUUGUUUCCUUAGUCAUGUAGUUUGAUUGUUAUCCCUUGCAACCAUCGUGGCCAAAAUGAAAGAGAUAAAAACAUUUGAAUAUAAUUGGUCCACGCUUAAUUUAAUUGGUUCAUGUGGGCUAAACAAUAGGCUAUGCUGUCAAUUAUUUCUGUUUAAUAUAAUUGCUCAAAGCUUUAGUUUUUUGUUCUAGGCCAAAGUUUAAAAAGUUGAAUUUGUUU